GGAAGGAAAGGAAAAACAGAGUUCUUGGCAAAAAAAAAAAAAUUAACACUUUCUCACAGGUUCGAAGACCACUAGAGAGAGAAAAAAGCACAAUUAGGUCUUGUUGAUACCUCCGGUUCUGUUCUUCACACAGAUUUCCAUAGUUCUGAAGAAACUAAAAUAUGGGUAUUUGUGAGAAUCGAAAUCCAAAUGUGGGUACUCCUCCGUUGACGGAUUCUUGUAGAAAAAGGAAGAGGAGAGAUGGUUUAUCAGUUGCCGAUACUCUGAAACAAUGGAGUGAAAAUGGGGAGACAAAACGAGCGCUCAAGGCCCCAGCAAAGGGCUCCAGAAAGGGGUGUAUGAAAGGCAAAGGAGGCCCUCAGAACCAAGCUUGUAUCUACAGAGGCGUCAGGCAAAGGACUUGGGGUAAAUGGGUGGCUGAAAUUCGAGCCCCUAAUAAAGGGAAACGACUCUGGCUCGGUACUUUCCCCACCGCCUUGGAAGCUGCUUUAGCCUACGAUCAAGCCGCCGUGACCAUGUAUGGCGAUAAAGCCAUCUUAAAUAAUCCCCGUGCUUCGGCUACGAGUUCGGAGGCUACGUCGGAUACUCGUGCCAACUCCGACUCGAGUUGCUCUGAAAUCUACGAUGGAAAUGUGGGCGGCGAUGCGAUGGAUAAUACGACUACGAUCGGUGAUGCGAGCAACGGUGAAGACAAAGCGAAAGAGGAGGUGAAAAUAACAGCGGAUGAGUCCAUGGAAGAGAUGGAUUAUGGUUGGCUUAAUGGAUCGGAGUUUAUGGAUGAUGUCUCGCUGAAUGACUUAGGGAAUAGUGUGUGGGGUGGACGACCGUUUUUUAGCGAGGACGAGUGUUUUGAUAUAAAUGAGCUUCUGGUUGACUUGUAGAUUGACAUUCUUUUUAUACGUAUUUUUAUACGUUCUAAUGAAUCAUAUAUAACAAUUGCAGUUAUAACAA